AUGUCUGAGGGGGGUGGUCAUGAAGGCUUCUUAUGGGAAAACCAGACAUGGGCUUUCUCAAAUUCGGAUAUUUCAGGUGGAAGUGAAGAAAAAUCCGGUAAAAAACUACCGGAUUCGAGUACUUCUAAUAGCCAAACACCGCCCGGGACUGAGCUGGUGACGGUGUCUGGUAAAAGGAGGAGUGGGAGUAGCAGGAAUGGGAAGGAAAAAUGCGAGGUGAAUGAAGGGAAAGGUGGUGGUGGUGGUGGUGACUCAGAUCAUGAGAUACAUAUAUGGACAGAGAGAGAAAGGAGGAAGAAGAUGAGGAACAUGUUUUCUAAUCUUCAUGAUUUGCUUCCUCAACUUCCUCCAAAGGUUGACAAGUCCACUAUUGUUGAUGAAGCAGUAAACUACAUAAAGAUCCUACAACAGACCCUCCAGAAGCUUCAAAAACAAAAGCUAGAGAGGCUCCAAGGUGUAACAAGUAUCAAUUGUGAUCCAUCUAUAAUCACCCCGCCAAAUUUAGCCGCGAACUCGAGGGAGGCAUUCUUAGCUGAUCAAGGGUGUUCAAGUAGUAACUUGACAAUCAGUGCAAUAAACUCAUCAAACUCUCUUUCCAUCCCCCCAUUUCCGACUAUAUUUCAAACAUGGACUUCUCCCAAUGUCAUCUUGAAUGUUUGUGGUGAUGAUGCACAAAUUAGUGUGUGCUCUAUGAAGAAACCUGGGCUCUUGAGCACCAUCUGCUAUGUGUUGGAGAAGCACCAAAUUGAGGUGGUAUCUGCUCACUUUUCCUCUGAUAACAGUAGGAGCAUGUACAUGAUUCAAGCCCAUGCAAAUGGAGGUCAUGACCAAAUGCCCGAGGCAUAUCCGGCGGAAGAAAUAUUCAAGCAAGCCGCUGGAGAGAUAAUACUAUGGACUACUUCCUGA